AUGGAAUAUAAAAUUAUCUGUAGAAUCUGCAAUUUGCUAGUAAGGAUUGAUUUUCUAAAAUUACACAACGAAACAUGCAAGACUCGUGCUGAGUUCCGAAGGAAAGAGAUCAAAUUAAAUUUGUAGGUAGCCAAAGUUUGUGAAAAUGCUUAUAAAAAAAAGCACUAAAUUCAUUCAAGGGGUUAAAAAUAUCUUAACAGUCUAAGAUUGAGAUGGGAUUAGAUGUCAAAUGAAUAUACAUAAGAAAUUUAUCAAGAAUACAAAAUACUACAAGUCUUAAUUUCAUAUGGAGAAAAAACUUUAAAUUCAGAGGUAGAUGCCAAAUAUCAUCUUAUAUCUCAGAAUGAAUUCAUGUAAGCCCAACAAAUUGUAAGCAACCCUUAGAUUUUGAAUUUGAUAGAGCAAAUGAAUAGUCUGAUAAAUUAGAGAUUAGACUUAUGUUACAAAAGUAUGAAUUUUCAAAGACUCUUAGCCAAAUUUCAAAGCAUUCCUAGCAUAUCCUUUAGAUUAAGCAAGUUCAGUAAAGACAGUCCUAAAUCCAACAGCGAAACUCAUAAUAGAAUGAACUCAUUUUCUGAUUAUUUGAAUUCUUCUAAUUUUUCUGAAGAUACACAGUCAGAUAAUAAAAGUAAUUCUCGACCAGACACUCCAAUUAAGUCUAUAUCUAUUAUUGAUAACCUUAGAAAAAGGGGUAAACUGUCCAAAUUCAAUUUCUUAAAGAGACAGUCGACUUUUUCUUCAGAGGAGGAAUAAAAUUCAGAUAAACCAAAACUUAGUCAAGAGAUUAAAAAGAAAAGUUACUUUGCUAAAACUGGAAGUUCAGAUAGUGAAACAGAUGACAUUAUAGAUAACAUAGUGGUAGAAAAUAAACCCAUCCAGACAGAAAAUAAUUUAAAUUUUGAAUCCGCCUGUUUUUUUGAGUUAUAAAGAGGAUACUUUUCAGAUACUGAAAUCAUGAGAUUGGAUAUUGAGAACAAGACAAAAGAAAAAAAUAUUGGAUUGAAAGACUUUAAUUUCAUAAGGCAAAUAGGAUAAGGAACUUAUGGUAGUGUCUUCUUAGUGAAAAGAAUUGUAAAUGGAGAUUUGUAUGCUAUGAAAAUAAUUAACUGUUGUAAUAAAAGAUUCGAAAGAUUGUUGGAAUAACUUAAAUAAGAGAGAAAUAUAUUUGAAAUUCUAACAGGCGAUUACGUAGUCAAAGCUUAUUACUCUUUUUAGCAUGAAUCAUCCUUAUGUUUUGCAUAGGAAUACAUGAUAGGAGGGGAUUUCUCUAAGAUUCUUAUCAAUGAAGGAGCUUUUGAUGAGAACAUAGCUAGACAUUAUUUUUCUGAAAUCUUGAUAGCUUUGGAAUAUUUACAUAAUAAUAAUAUUAUACAUAGAGAUCUUAAACCCGAAAAUAUAUUGCUGGAUCAGUAUGGUCAUAUCAAAUUAGCAGAUUUCGGUCUUAGUGAGUUGGGCAUCAAUAAAAAAAUGAUCAAGAAGUGUAGUCAGUAGAAUUUUACAUCGAAUGAUUCUUCUCCUUCUCCGAUCUAUCAGAUGAUAAAGGGGAGAUCCUUUAGAAAGUCUAAUAUUAUUCCAGAGAAUGCGGAAAGAAGAAUCAUUGGAACUCCAGAUUAUAUUGCCCCUGAAAUCAUAAGUGGACAAUCAUUUUCUCAUAAAUCUUAAGAUUUUUGGUCUCUUGGAAUUAUUUUGUAUGAAUUUCUAGUUGGCAUCCCCCCUUUUAAUGAUGAAUCUGUUGAGAAAAUCUAUCAAAAUAUAUUAAAGGGAGAUAUUGAAUGGCCUGAAAUUGGCAAUGAUCCAGAAGAAUAAAUCUCAUAAUAGGCCUACGAUUUGUUAAAGAAAUUAUUAAAUCCCGAUUAUACUCAAAGAUUAGGAUAUGGAUCAAUAGAUGAAAUAAAAAAUCAUCCAUUUCUAACAACCAUCAACUGGGAUCAACUGAGAAAUACUCCUGGCCCCAUAAUUCCUUAGAUAAAUUAGAAUAUAUAAUCUUUUGAGAAUGUAGCAGAGAAAGUCUAAAAAUUUAUUAAAAAAGGAGAAAAAAAAUAAAUCCAAAUAAUCAAUAAACUAUAAGAGGAAUUAGAAUAUUUGGAGAGAAUUGAUCUGCUAGUGGCAAAGAAUGAAAAUGAAGCAUAAUUGAUUUAAUAAAAAUUAUAAUUAUUUUCAUGA